GUCAAAGUGCAACACUUACCGCUACAGUUGCUGGUCAAGUAGUGAUGGAGGGAUUUAUAGGAUGGAAAGCAAAACCUUGGAUAAGGAGGUUGAUUACUAGAGGUUUUGCUGUUCUUCCUGCUAUGGUCAUCGCAAGCAUUCGAGGCAGAAGUGGUUUAAAUGACCUUUUGGUGGCAAGUCAAGUUGCGCUGAGCUUACAAUUACCAUUUGCUGUUAUUCCUUUAGUUUGGUUUACUAGUAACAAAAGAUUUAUGCAGGUUGACAUUAGAGAUUUGGAAGAAAAG